AUGUAUGGUUGUCAAUUUCUUGACGUAGACAUAAUUGCUUACGAGUUUUUCAAUUUUAUAAUUUUGUUGACAUGUUUCUUUAAUUUUACUUAAUUUAAUUGAUAACAGAAUUGUAAUUAAUGGUCAGAUAAGUUAUAAUAUCAACAUGGCUUUGAAAAAAGUCAAAGGAAACUUCGAGAGGAUGUUCGAUAAAAAUCUGACGGAUUUAGUUCGAGGAAUCAGAAAUAAUAAAGAUAAUGAGUCCAAGUAUAUAGCACAAUGUAUGGAAGAAAUAAAAGUAGAGUUGCGCCAAGAAAACAUAGCAGUGAAGGCCAAUGCAGUGGCGAAACUCACAUAUCUCCAAAUGUUGGGAUAUGACAUAUCUUGGGCUAUAUUCAACAUAAUAGAAGUGAUGAGUUCCAACAAAUUCACGUACAAGCGCAUUGGUUACUUAGCGGCUAGUCAGUCAUUCCAUGCAGAUUCAGAACUACUAAUGCUCACUACAAAUAUGAUCAGGAAGGAUCUGAAUGCACAGAAUCAGUAUGAGGCAGGGCUUGCACUCAGUGGCCUCAGCUGUUUUAUAUCCCAUGACUUAGCUAGAGACCUUGCAAAUGACAUCAUGACUCUGAUGAGUUCAACUAAACCUUAUUUAAGGAUGAAAGCUGUACUCAUGAUGUACAAAGUAUUUCUAAGGUAUCCAGAGGCACUAAGACCUGCAUUCCCAAAACUAAAAGAGAAACUAGAAGAUCCUGACCCAGGUGUCCAAUCAGCUGCUGUUAAUGUAGUUUGUGAAUUAGCAAGGAAAAAUCCUAAAAACUACCUCUCACUAGCUCCAGUGUUCUUCAAACUGAUGACAACAUCCACCAACAACUGGAUGUUAAUUAAAAUUAUCAAAUUGUUUGGUGCCUUAACCCCAUUAGAGCCUCGACUUGGCAAGAAACUGAUAGAACCAUUAACUAACUUAAUACAUAGUACGUCAGCCAUGUCGCUGCUAUACGAGUGCAUUAACACGGUGAUCGCGGUGCUGAUCAGCAUCAGCAGCGGCAUGCCCGGCCACGCCGCCUCCGUGCAGCUCUGCGUGCAGAAGCUCAGGAUACUCAUCGAAGACAGCGAUCAAAAUUUGAAAUACUUGGGCCUAUUGGCGAUGUCAAGAAUACUCAAGUCCCACCCUAAGUCAGUGCAGGCUCACAAGGAUCUCGUUCUGGCGUGUCUUGACGAUAAGGACGAAUCAAUUAGGCUGAGAGCUUUGGGUCUAUUGUAUGGCAUGGUAUCAAAGAAAAACUUAAUGGAGAUAGUAAAGAAGCUGAUGGUGCACAUGGACCGCGCGGAAGGCACGCUGUACCGUGACGAGUUGUUGACGCGGAUCAUCGAGAUUUGCUCGCAGAACAACUAUCAGCAUGUGGUUGACUUCGAGUGGUACGUCACCGUGCUCACUGAGCUUACUGAGAUGGAGACUAGUGCUAAACACGGUCGCAUGGUGGCGGCGCAGCUGACGGAGGUGGGGGCUCGCGUGGCGGAGGUGCGCGCGUUCGCGGCGCGCGAGUGCGGCGCCCUCGUCGCCCGCGCCGCCGCCGCGCCGCCCGGGCCCGCCUCGCGCGAGGUGCUCUACGCCGCCGCCUACGUGCUGCCCGAGUACUGCCGCGAGGAGUCAGUGAUGCGCGAGUCGGUAUCAGGGCUGCUGUCGUGCGCGGGUAUCGGCGGCGGCGCGGUGCGAGCUCGCGCCGUGUGCGUGCACGCCGCGCUCAAGCUCACUGCUCAUCUGCUCAGGAUAUACGAGGAGAGGAACGACAUGGAACAUGCUAUUGCUAUCAUUCGCGAGGCGUUAGCUGGUCUACGACCUCUGCUGUGUAGUGAAGACAUGGAAGUACAAGAGCGCAGUCACAACGCCACGGCGCUGCUGACCAUAGUGCUACGGAAGCUGAGCCCCAACGACUGUGCAGACCUGCCCAUGCAGACUGUGCCCAUGCAGAACGAUGAUACCUUGCUUGUUGAACAUGAACAGAGUAAUGGUGUAGAAAAAGAAGAGAACAGCGAAGAUGUAAACGGAGAGAGUUGUACGCAGGGCUUCAGCGGCGGUCUCAUAGAGGAGUUGGCAGAGUUGUUCGAGGGCGAACUGAAGCCCGUCGCGCCUAAAGCGCAGAAGAAAGUGCCCAUGCCUUCAGAUUUGAACCUGGAGCAGUGGGUGUGCCACUCGCGCUGGUCGUCGGAGAGCUCGAGCUCGGAGGGCGAGGGCGAGGCCGCCGUGUUCGCGCCCGCGCCGCGCGACGCCCGCCCCACCGCGCAGUUCACGCCGGAGGAACUCGCUAUGUUACGCGAGGCCAGGCGACAGGAGCAAGCUAACAACCCGCACUAUCUAAAAGACGACUCGCCGCGCUCCUACCAACAAGACGACGUGCCCAUCGCUGAGAUUGCCCUUGAGAUUCCUCUACAAGUCCAUACCAAGAGAUCUGAUAAAUACUUAAUAUCACGUGAAAGUUCUAAGAAGAAAAAGGAAAAGCGGACAUCAAAGAAGCGAAAAAGCAAAAAAGAUAAACUGUCCAGUGAUUCUGAUAGUGAAGAGGAGGCGAGCCUGGGCCGGCCGGCGGUGGCGGAGGGCGGCGAGCUGCCCGAGGGCGCGGCGCUGUCGGACGAGGAGCCGCCGCCGCCGCCCGACGACCCGCACCGCGCGCUCGACCUCGACCUCGACCAGCCUCUACGCGAAGAAGAAUUACUCACGUCAAGAAUACAUCAGUACCCGUCGCCUGAAAGCGGACUGUUGGACAAAAAGUCCAAAUCUGCGAAGAAAACAAAGUCCGCUGACAAAGCGUCAGGCGACAAACCCACGAAAAAGAGGAAGGAAAAGAAAACUAAACAAAAGACAGUAGAUUUAAUGCUACCAGAAUUGGCUAAAGUGGAUGAUGAGUUGCUCAUUGAUGAUUUAAGCCAGACGAAUGGCAAGAAAACUGUAAAACUUAGUGACGAACCGGAGGAAGAAGCCACACUUGCUGAACCUAACGUAAAGGGCACAAAGACUGAAAAACAUAAAAAGUCUAAAAAGGAAUCAAAAGACAAAGAAUCCAAGAGGAAUAAAUCAUCCAAGAAAGGCAAACACGAAAAGAAGACAGGAUACGAAGAAGCGCUAGGUAUAUCUACGCCUAGCAAAGAAGUCAUUUAGUGUACAUAAUAAGUAAACGCUUAAUUUUCUUCAUUCGUGUCAUGCUACACAUGCUAUCUCAGUGCAAUUGUUAAUUUGAACAAUUUAAGGAUAUUUUUUAUUGAAGAUUAGUUCACCUCCAAUAUGUAUUAGUUAUUAAUUCCAUUCAUAUUUGAAAGUGAACUAUGUCCAUUUAUAUGAAUAUAUUAUAUCUCCAUAAGUCUAUAUAGUAACAAAUAAAAAAGCUAAAUAUAUUAAUCAUA